GUUCAGUAUGUCAUUGAAGACUCUGACAAAGUACUACAGAUGUACAGUGGAAACCAUUCUGACUCACAGAAUGGUACAGAAACUCCAACACCCAGGAUGGCAAGAGGCUAUACAGUGUGGUGGACAGCCAAUACAUCAUGGGAACAGCUUUCCCCACCAUCGAGGACACCCAACUACAAGAGCUGCUGAAAAACAACAAAUUACUCAACAGCUGACAUCAGACAUCAGUUUCUCAUUGAGGGAUCAGCAGAAGAAAAUGUGAGCUACUCUCCACAAAUUUUCACCAUAUGUUAAUGUGAAGAGUGAACAGUAAAUGGUUAAUCUUACGGCGACCUUGUUCUCAUUGACUACGGUUUAUCUUGGCAUUUCAUUACACCCGAGCGAGAACGCUAUAGUGAAAAAGCGGCAUUAUCAGGUGUUUCAAGUGCUGCAAUGUCAUCUCGAUCCAGCAUCAAGUCGAUGCCACCCAGCGACAAGGGCAGUAGGGCAUCAUCAAGUAAGGCCGCCCAGGCAAGAGCUAAAGCAGAUGCCGCCCAUGUGCGGGUGGACUACGGCAAGCGAGCAGCAAAAUUGAAAAUGGAAGGGGCCGCCAAAGAAGCCGAAAUCCAGAAGGAAAAGGCUGCCAGAGAAGCCGAAAUCCAGUUGGAAAUGACAAGGAUAUUGGCAGAGUUGGAAGUGCUGAAGCUAGAAGGAGAAGAAGAAGCUGCCAAGGUGGAAGCAGAGUACAUAGAAGAAGCUGAAGGACUGCAUAAUCUGACCGACGUAAGAUCUACUUCAGAAAGGACCAGAUUGGAACGCACAAGCGACUAUGUCCGAUCUCAAAUAGACAGGAAGCCUCGUCCUUCCUCUCCGUACGUAUUUGAUAACAUCCCAUGUCAUGAGGAACCUCAGGCAGACCCGAUUGCAUCACAUCCAUAUGAUGAAGACAAUUUACCCUCGCAACUCCGCGAUGAAGUCAAGAAUGAAAGAGCUGAUGACAAAUACUUCUUGACACCAAACUUACAAUAUUUAGGGAGAAGAGAUGCAGAGGUCAAAUUCAGGAUAGCAAAUUCCAUAAGAAAUGUACGCCCUCAGUCAUAUACGCGCUAACGUAUUUCCCCAGCCCGCAUGCCACUUACAGUUGAUCCCAUGAUGCAGUAUUUAGCACAACGAGAUCUCGUCACUUCGGGACUGUAGCAGUUUGACGAUAAACCUGAAAAUUACCGUGCAUGGUACUCCACAUUCACCAACGCUAUCCACGGAGUCCAGCUCAGAGCAACUCAAGAGUUGGAUCUUAUGGCAAAAUGGCUGGGAAAAGAAUCAUGCGAACAGGUGAGACGCAUACGUUCAGUGUACAUCAACAAACCCGAGCUAGCCUUAAGCAAAGCAUGGGAGAGACUUUGGGAGGGCUAUGGGGCCCCCGAAAUUAUCGAAGCGGCGCUAUAUUGACGUCUGGAAAACUUUCCUAAGGUGUCAGCCAAAGAUCACAUUAAGUUAAGAGAACUCAGAGAUUUACUCAUGGAGAUCCAAGGUGCCAAAGAAGAUGGCUACUCAGCUGGUCUAGUAUACCUAGAUACUCCAUCCGGGAUUAGACAAAUCGUGGUCAAACUUCCAUUUGGGCUGCAGGACAGGUGGCUGUCUGUUGCCUCAGAGUACAAGGAAGACCACGAUGGUCGAUUUCCUCCCUUUAAGCACCUCACUAAGUUUGUGUGCAAGGAGGCGA